AUGCAAGAUGAAAUUUCGGACUUGUACAUUUCUCUGAUCAGUGACUUGAAAAUAGUGUUACCUGCUAAAACUAAAGAAGUAACACCUCCCACCCAACCAUCUCUGCGACUGCCCAAAUUUGAGUUGCCCAAAUUCAGCGGUAACUACGAAGAAUGGGUUAGCUACUACAAUAUUUUUGAGGCUUCUAUUAAUAGGAAUGAAAAUUUGGCCCCUGUGAUUCAGGUGUUUACCAAAGAUGGUCAGCAAACUGUACUCCGUGCUGUGCUCGACUCUGCAUCUCAACUUACAUUGAUAUCUGAAAGAGCUGUUCAGCUCAUCAGUGCCUCCCGUACUCGAGCACAUGAUGAAAUCCAAGGAAUUUCUGGCUCACUAAUUCAUUCUAGAGGAAUAGUGCACAUUGAUAUAUCUGCAGUUAAUGGUCAACGCUUAGCCUACCAUCAUCCAUGCUUGGUUUUGAAUCGUAUCACUUCACCACUGCCUCAGAUCCCAGUCUCACCUCAAGUGAAGGGAUCCUUAAAUGAUUUUGUUCUUGCAGACCCCUGUUUUGACAAACCUGGAGAAAUUGAUCUAUUGAUCGGAGCUGAUUUAUUCGCUCUCUCACUGACUGGUGAGCAGCACUUCUUAGGCCAUAACCUGCCCCAAGUUUUAGGAACUAUAUUCGGAUUUGUUGUAAUGGGCAUAGCUCCUGUUGCUACAUCUGAGUUAUCAAUCCCAAAAACUGUUUCUUUUCUCACUACACAUGAUGGAGACCUUCACAGUUCACUUCAAAGGUUUUGGUCAAUCGAAGAACCCCCGACAUGUGUCAAGACUCAGUCAGAAGAAGAUGUUCUCUGCUUACAGCAUUUUGAAAGAACCCAUACACGUGAUAACUCUGGUCGAUAUGUUGUUAAGUUACCGAAAAGACCAAAUCAUCCACUAUUAGGUGAAUCUUGUAGUACAGCUCAACUUAGACUUAAAGCGAUGGAAAGAAAAUUUGCUGCUCAGCCCGAAUUCAAAGAUUUAUACUCCGAAUUUAUGGAUGACUACAUCAAAUCAGGUCACAUGAGUGCAUGUGAGCAACCCCUUUCUGGUGAAUGUUACUAUUUACCCCAUCAUGGAGUAUUUAAGGAGAAUCCCCCUAAUUCCAAAAUACGAGUCGUAUUUGAUGGUAGUUCCAAAACAAAUAAUGGCGUCUCCCUAAACGAUAUCCUCAUGUCUGGCCCUAAGUUGCAGAAUGAUAUUAGUGAUGUCUUGCUGUACUUUAGGUGUCACAAGUUUGUGUUCACUUGUGAUAUACGACAGAUGUAUCGCCAGAUUCUGGUGGCUGAAGAUGACAAGAAAUAUCAGUUAAUCUUUUGGCGAUCCAACCCUGAUGAAUCCCUUCAAGUCUUAAAGCUAAAUACCGUCACCUACGGUCUCAACUGUUCCCCGUUCAUUGCGAUCAGAACAUUACAACAAUUGGUCAAAGAUGAGGGUCACUCAUACCCCAAGGCGUCUGAGAUUCUAACUAAAUCAAUAUUUUAUGACGACAUCAUCGCUGGAGCAGAAAGUCUUGAUGAAGCUUUGUCUGCACAGAAUGAACUCAAGAACUUGCUCGCUAGAGGAGGUUUUGAACUCCGAAAAUGGAUUAGCAACGCACCCCAACUAUUGGACCAAGUCCCAAUUGAACACAAAGAGACUCCAGUGGAGUUAACUGAAAAUAAUGAAGCCUUCUUCAGUGUCCUAGGUCUAAAAUGGACUCCAGAGUCUGACAUGCUUUCUUACAAGGUUAAGGAUGUUGAAAUAAGUGCGAUACUUACAAAGAGAAGAAUAUUAUCUACAAUCGCUAAACUGUACGAUUUACCAGGAUUUCUUACACCCGUAAUUUUCUGGGCAAAAACACUUAUUCAGUAUCUCUGGACAACAGGGCUAACUUGGGAUGAACCUGUUCCAAAUGAUGUUAGAACCAAGUGGCAUUCAUUCUUAGAAGAACUCCCAAUAAUUCAAGAAUUAAGAAUUCCACGCUACAUUUCUACUUCUCUGCAUACGGCUGUGCAACUCCACGGCUUCAGCGAUGCUUCAGAGAAAGGCUACGCUGCUGUUGUCUACCUUCGUGUCACUGACUCUCAAGAGAAUACAAGGCUCUAUCUCAUCGUCUCUAAAUCAAAAGUCGCUCCUUUGAAAAGAAUUUCUCUGCCACGGCUUGAACUUUGUGGCGCUCACUUACUGGGAAAACUUCUUCAAUAUUCUUCAAACAUACUCUCUGCUCAUAUGAAGAUUGAAUCAAUCUAUGCUUGGUGUGACUCCACAAUUGUCCUAACCUGGAUACGUACUCUUCCAUACCGCUUGAAAGUCUUCAUUGCCAAUCUACCGGAACCAAAUCUUGAAGAAGUUCCCGAAAAUCGUCUCAACCAUUGGCAAACUGUACAAGCCCUACAUCAACGCUUCUGGCGACGUUGGCAUCAAGAAUAUUUACAUCAGCUACAACAAAGAAAGAAAUGGGAAAAGCCCAACAAGAAUCUAGAAGUGGGUGAUCUCGUUAUAAUUCAGGACCCUAGAACACCACCACUACUCUGGCCUCUUGGACGCAUAGUGAAGACUUCGCCUGGAUCGGACGGCAUCGUCCGAGUUGUCACCAUCAAGACUCAGCGGGGAACCUUCUGUCGUCCUGCUACCAAGGUGUACCCGCUCCCCUGA